ACUUUGGUUGAUAAAAGAAGUUGCGAUAAGGGAGAACAUUUUAGACAUUAUGGUAAUGUAAUACUUUCCCGUUAAGUCUUCAGAUGCUAUUCAUUGAUGGCCAAGUGACCUAAAGGUUUGACUUGAAUUUGAUAUUUGUGAAUAGUAUUUAUCCAAAAGUCUGCGGAGCUUUCUUUUACUGACAACGCCACUGCAGUCCAAGGCACCGUGAAAUGGUUCAACGUGCGCAAUGGCUAUGGCUUUAUCAACAGAAACGACACCAAAGAAGAUGUCUUUGUUCAUCAGUGAAUACAACCCUGUAUCACAUCACCCAAUCCAUCUGCUGUUUAGACUGCCAUCAAGAACAACAACCCCAGGAAGUUCCUUCGCAGUGUUGGAGAUGGGGAGGUGGUGGAGUUUGAUGUGGUCGAGGCCGCCAAGCGCUUUCCCUCUCUCAGGGCUCUGAGGCAGCCAACGUGACUGGGCCUAGCGGCGUUCCUGUGAAAGGCAGCCGCUAUGCGCCCAACAAACGUCGCUUCCGCCGCCGCAUCUCCCCUCGCAGCCCUCGGCCCGAUGAUGAGAAGGGUGACGGCACCUCUGUCCCCACCUCGGAAGGCGAAGGGGAGAAUGGCAGAGGGGAGAACGGUGGUGAACGACCCGCGCCGCGACGACGCAGGCCCCGCCGACCCAGACGGGAAGGACAAGAGGGCGAGUCAGGGGAACAGGAGGCAGCAGUGGAAGGCGACCAGCAGAGGCCGCCACCGCGCAGGUUCAGGCCCCAGUACCGCAGGCCAUUCCGUCCUCGCCCACCCCCUGGGGAGGGUAAGCAGGAUGGCAGCGCCCCCACUGAGAGGCAGGAAGGCCAGGCAGCGGACGGACAGAAGGAGGUGGAGGCCCAGGAGGCCCAGCAGACAAACAGGAAGCAGGCCAAUGAAGAAAGCCAGAAACCCCGCCGACAGUUCAGCCGCCGCAGGCAGAGGAACUCCGAGUCUAACACUGUCUCUAAAGAUGGGACAGAGAAGCCAGCCUUGGGGCCUAGCACCCCCCCUCAGACCUCCAAGCCAGCUGAUGUCAAGGCCUCCCCCAAGUCCUCCCCUAAAGGCUCCCCCAAGAUUUCCCCCAAGUCCUCCCCCAAAACCAUCCACAAAUCACCAGAGGCACCUGCCACGACAGUUCCCGUGGCCGCAGAAUGACGCCUCUGAGUGGAAGGUGUCACGUGACCCCAUGCAAGCGGUGGGACCCCACGCUAAACUGAUGCAACCUUUCAGGGGUUGGGUGGAGGAGGGUUUAGCGUUACGCCUAUUGCACUACUACAAAACCACAUCGUUGGCCAUCUCGUAGCUGAAGUCACUAGAAUGUGACCAUUUAGUUCCUUAAGUAAUUAGUUAUUUUUCUACAUAUGGGUUUUUAGAGGAAUUACAUAAGUCUUUUGACGGGAUGGAAAGCACCAGGCAUGGAUUAUGCUUUUCCUGUUUGCUUUAUAAUUUUGGGACAUUCUGGCGUUCAAUGAAAGCCCACCUAUAUUGCAGGUGUAAUUUGGUUGCCAAUUGAAGGCUCAAAUCCUGUGGGACCCACUGCUUGUUUUGAAGUUGGACGUUUUAAGUUGUGGCAUUAUUUUGUGUUCAGUUUAUUUUGUUUUAAUGUUGGGCUCACCCCUCUUGGCAUCUGUCGGUCUCGCUCUGUAGGUCUCGCAGUCCCCCAUCUAACAGUACAUAGCCACCCCAUCUGACUUGUCUACACACUGUAUGGGAGGAGGAGAGGAAGGGAUAUAGUGGGUUGUGUGUGUUUACAAUUGAGAAAAUACUCAAUUUUAGAAUAAAUUGAGGGGGGGGAAAGUGUGAACCUGCUUGGAUGCACAUUUAAACCACAAAACCCCUAGCAAGUGUUCUUUAAUUGACUGAGAAUGGGCACAAGCAUUGGAGCAGAUCCAGCCUCUAUUUAAGUUUGAUAACAUGAAAGCAAAGCAGGUGUGAGUAGUGGUAUGGUCUGGGACCUGACACACCCCCCCCCCCCCCCCCCCCCCCCCCCCCCAGAUUCUAAAACAUGCUGCUGCCCACCCCCUCUCAUAAAGGCCUGAGGCUGGUUUAAUGAAAUCUUUUUUGUUUUUGUAUGUGCUUUUUUGGAGGGGAUUAUGUGCAAUGUCAGUAUCAGAAUGUCUAUAAAAAUCAUGUUUGCAAAGACUACAAUGCAGUUCUUUGUAUGCUCACAUUUCUCAGUACAAUGUAAAAUGUCUUAGUGGGAUAAAACUGAAGUUGGUCAUUUAAUUUCUUCACCUCAAGCUCCAGUAACAACAUUUAAUCUAAACUAUAACAUGAGAUAAGUUGCAUGUGUUUUGACACUUCUGGGGAUGGUAAUAUAUGACAUGACUCUCUGAAAUGUUGGGUCAUCAACAUGCCCAUGUUUGUCAAAUGGGGACAAUUGUCACAUGACCCACAUCUCAACACUGCAUGUUUUUUUUCUCGCUUUACAUAAACCACAGGUCCUCCCUGUACAAUUGCUCAAUACUAAUCUUCAUGGAGAUGCUCAAAACAGUACAUAAUAGACCUAAAACAGCACAUGCGUAGCAGUUUAGGGGCAGUUGGCUGCUACGUUAUCAGAGGCCUGUUGCCAUAUCAACUACGUUUGGAAACCAGUAGAAUGAAUACUAUUAGUGCUCACUUGGGGCACUGUCCCAUUCAGAAACUAAAGAUCUACUCCUAUAUGUGAGUGAAGCUCGAACCAUUUUGUUUUUGUCAAGCAAACCAGCACACUGUAUACAUUAAGUACUAAACACAGUAUUUCCUCUCCGUAAAAGGAGUCUCUAUAGGCUGUACAUUGAGUCGCAUGUUAAAGCGGUCCACCAUUUUGUGUAAUCAAGUUUAGGGACACUGAAGUGGGUUGCUAGCGGUGGAGUGGUUAGCCUGCUAUGAGACUUGUAUUAACUUUAUCAGAAAUAAAAUACCUCAGUCAAUGCCACACGCCA